CCUCAAUCGCGAUCACUCGCGCUAAUAGCGCACAUUUCUUUUACCCAAAAGUCUAAAUACGGCCUCAAACUGACGGGAAGUAUAACAAACUUCGUUCAAAAAAUCAGCAAUGUCGUUACAGAUGUCCAGAAGGAAACUACUGGACGUGGGGCCAGUGCCCUGGAUCCGGCUGCGAAAUUGGCUGGCUUUGUAAAGCAAAGCAUAGGAAGCGGGAUGUCUGGAAUAGUCUCCAGGCUGACCGGGUCUGAAAGUCCCCCGCCAAUGGAAAGUAAUCCCAUAAUGAACCACUACGAGAUUGGGAGGGAGGUGACUACGGUGGGGAUGUGCAUGUUGUGGCAUGUGCACGAUGCUUAUCGCAAGAGUGACGGAAAGGAAGCCUCGGUAUUUGUCUUCGAUAAAAAGCUUGCCGAAAGACUCUAUAAGCCGAAACGACGGGAGCAGUUGCUCGAACGUAUCCGUAUUGGCAUAGACAAUUUAAAGCGAAAGCCGAGCAUCACGAAAACGCUUGCUGUCAUGCACGGUGCCGAAGAAAGCAACGGCUCUUUGAUAUUCGCUACAGAACCCAUCUUGGCUAGUUUGGCCAAUAUAUUGGCAUGGCAUGAAUCAAAUAUACCAUCGGGAGGACCACAGCCUAUCCGGCCAUUUCCAAUGAAUUUCGGAACGCCUACUGGCUACCAGCCACCACCACCACCACCACCGCCGCCGCCGCUAUGCAGCACCGAAUACCACUUCUUGGAUAUUGAGCUCCGCUUCGGCUUUCUCCAGAUCGUAGAGGCUCUGAACCAUCUUCACUACAAUUUGAAGCAAGUCCAUCGCAAUAUAAAUCCUCACGCCAUCAUCGUGACGAAGCGUGGAGCUUGGAAGCUGUUCGGCUUUGAUUUUGCCGAGGACAUAAUCAGCCUCGAUCCAAUUGAGAUGCUGGCCAUCGCUCCGUGGUCCAUCAAAAUACCAAGGACACUCCAGCCGAGCCUCGACUUUUUGGCUCCCGAAGUGCAAAUCUCCGGGCAGUGCAACAUUUUAUCAGACAUGUUCUCCCUUGGUUUGGUGAUCUGUGCAGUUUUCAACAACGGGGUACCCCUUAUUCAAGCUAACAACAAUCCUAUGCUGUAUUUGAAACAGAUUGAGCAUUUGGAAUAUCAAGUCAAUGCCUUGCUCCCUCGAAUUCCGGCACAGCUGCAGGAAGCCGUUCAGAGACUCCUGUCAGUGGAUCCUCACCCGCGCCCCAGCACGCAACUGCUACCAUUGAUAAAGUACUUCAAGGGCCAGUGUGAACCACCCAUCCGCGCCAUGCAGCUUCUGGACAACAUGACCGAGAAGGACCCUGCAGUCAAAACUGCUUUCUAUCGGACUCAAUUAAUGGAAGCCCUACCUUAUAUUCCGAAGAAACUGCGAUGGCAGCUUGUGUGGCCCUCACUGCAGGCCGAGACUCGUACCACGGAAAUACUGGCAUCUGUUCUGCACCCGAUCUUUUGGUUGACAAAUGACGCUACACAGGACGAAUUUAAUAGAUAUGUUCUGCCCACACUGAGGGCACUACUGACAUCGUCCAAAAGCAUUCAUGCAACAGCUAUAUACUUGGAGAAUUUGCAUAUUAUUUUAAGGAAAUGCCAAACUAAAGAUUCCGAGAAUGAAGUGUUGCCAAUAUUGUAUAUGAGCCUCGACAGCAAGAUCCAACAAAUACAGUUGGCAUCACUGACUGCUGCACAGAACGUUACUGAAUUUAUUGAUGAGAGAACUCUGUGCGUGACCAUUCUUCCUAAAGUCAGGAUCAUAUUCGAAAAUAAUCAGACAGACCACAAAGUGGUCUUUUUGGUAUUAGCGUAUUUCGAGAGGCUCUUACCUAGACUCGAACGCACCCAUCUUCUUGAGCACAUCAUACCGACACUGCUCACCUUGAAACUCGGCGAUCCGGAAAUCAUUCAUCGGGUUGUCAAGCUCUAUAGAAUCAUGCUCGCAGAAAAGAAGUUUGCACUGACUGCUAACGUUAUGGCCCUGAAGAUGAUACCAACAUUAGCUCCACAGAUGGUCAACACGGCUUUAACUGUUGAUCAGUUUGCGAACCUUAUUGAGCUUCUUCACGAAAUAGUCGAUGCUAUCGAUAAAUCUCAACGGUUCAAGUUGAGGACGGAGGCUGCGAACCCGGCGACGGAUCGCUAUCGUUCAUUACGUCAUCAAAUGAGUACCGACAACGUGACGGCGCCGCCAUUUAACAUACCCAAUCUGCGUGUGGAACAGCGCAAGACAUCAAGCGCUGAAGACAUGGCCCGCAAGAACUCAGCAUCCGGGCCGUCUACUAGCAAUCAAACCGGGAGCAUCAGCGGUCUUAAGAGGCUCGGACAAUGGAUUUUCGGAUCGAACACUUCGAACAGUAACAAUGAGAAUAGUAACUUCCUUCGGGUGGCGAAUGCUUUCCCCAAUCGUCGUUUAUCCGACAACACUUUGAUGACGCCAAAAAUCCGCAUCGCCCCAUCUUGUGCUUCGUCUCCUGGUGGCACUCCGGGAGGCACGGCGGGGCUCCCUACACGCCGCCACUCGAGCAUAGGGCCCCAGGAACGUCGUGGAUCUACCGUCAAUCUAUCUCCGCCUACAGCCCACCAGUACAGGGGCCGCGGCGGCUCAGGCUCGAGCCUGUCCGUGCCAUCAACUUCGCAUUGUGCUAUUGCAUGGAGCAUGGCCGGCGGAUCGGUACCAAACACAUCAUCAAGUGUGCCGUUUCUCUUGGCUUCGUCGAUGAAUUCAAUCAAGUCGCGUCGUCAAUCGGGCGCUGCAGCUGGACCUCAAGGCUCCCCCCAAAGCUCCCGAGGCUCUCAAGGCAUUUUACAACAGAUUAGCAGUGGCAUGUCACACCUGUUAACCGGACAUACAUAAAGAAAAAUUUGAUUGAGAUUAGAGUCGCGUAAUAUAAAACGAGAGCUCUCCGGCGAAACUGGAUACGAACGCGGCGCGUCAUCCGAGCCCCCGCUCGCGCUCCAUACAUACACUUAAUCAUUCAAAUAAAACGGCUUCAAAUAUGUUACACUACUCAAGUACAUUUUUUUCUAAAUUAUAUAUUAUGACGGCCUAACAUUAAAUAUCAAUGUAAUUCCACCAAACCUCAUAGCUUAAACUUGACGCGGUGGUUAAGAAUUUUUCAAUCGCGUUUAUUACUAAAGCGUUAUCUUCGAAUCAAAGCACAAAAUCCGUGGCAAGUAAAUAUUUAAAUAAUGCUAAUAAUGUAUUAUGAUUCUUAAACUACAUGCUUUUAUUCGUCAUGCUUAUUUUCAUUUUAGCUUUCAAACAAACUCUAUCCAAUACCUAACAGGUUCCGUGAAUUAAAUGCAUUUCAUUGGUGACUAUUGCGAUUUUGUUUUAUAUGUAACAAACAUAAAACAGAGUAAAAACAGUAUAUUUUGUUAAAAGAGAAUGAAAGUUAAAAGUUAUUUUAUUCUUCUAUUCAAUUUUAAUUAAAGUUAAAAAAAAUCAAAAUGUUAAUUGAAAUACUCUUUUUCUUAGGGACUUUAACUCGAUUGGAAUCUGUAAGAAAAGAAUAGCGAUAGAAGUUAGAGAAAUGGCAUAAUAUGCGUAUUAUACCGAUACUUGUUUGAAUUGGUAUACCUGGUUGAAUUGGGGCAUCCGUUUUUAUUAAACUCUCAUCGUUGAUAAACAAUUAUGAACAAAUCUCAAUUAUAAACAAAUCAACCUAUUCUACCUAAUAAAUGACAUAAAAAAUAUGUACAACAUUUUAAUGUCACUAGAUGAUUAAAAACAUGAAAAGAAAAAACAGAUUAUACAUAUAUUUUUAUGAAUAUUUUCACAUACAUCCAGCUGAGAGCUUGUAUUUUAACAUUCAAGAAAAUAAUUAGUAUAUUUUUAUAAUUGUGACAUAGUAGACUUGGUCCGGUUCAAAAUCGCAAUUCAAUAUCAUUUUGUCGACUCCGGUCAGAUGAAAGUGAGAAAUAGCAUAUAAGAAACAUUAGCUUGAGCAAAACAUAUAUUUUAAUAUUAAAAAUAACUUAAUUAUACUCCUAUAUUCCGUACUAUAUUUAGAUAAGGAAAAGAAAAAUGGAAGCCGUAAUUUGUAAAACAUGCGGGUAGGUCAGCAAAUCAAAUGCAAACAGUUUAGGAUAUAGACUAAGUAGAUAAAUUAUUUUGUCUUUGAUAAAUCUUGACAAAAAUAUUUUCUGAUGAAAUUUGCCGCUUUAAAUAUUUCCUAUUGUUCUAUAUUAAACAUAUUAUAAUGAUUGUUAGUAAUUAAGAAUUUUAUCGUAGAACGUAGUAUAAUCGUGUUUGCUUCACAUUAAAAAAUAUCUGUUGAUCGAUGGAAGUGGAAUAAUAAUUAGGAGGAAAUACCCUAUUUUUGAUAGUAAGCAACUUACAUAAACUUUUCCGAGACGAUUUACCUACAAUUAAUGAUUAUUAAUGGACCUGCUUUAAGAUCGACCACGUAAUAUUGUCAGAAAAAAAGAUGCAGUUUUUGAUCCAAAUUAAAAACUAUUUUUUUAUUCCUUAAGGGUUGUGGUGUUUGCUCAGCACUUAAAGUAUGUGAUACAUCUGGAUGUGCCCUAAUAAAAGUAUUGAAUAAAAUCACAUCGUCCUUGAAAUUAAUCGAUGUGACUAUUUAAUCUAUUUAAAGAAUAGUUCCUUAUUAUUCCAAAAGAUGAAACUUCUAUUUAUAGUUAAAAAAAUAUAUUGUCAAAUUCCUAUAUCUUAUACCUAGUCACUUUAAACGUAUAUACCUAUACUUCCAACAUUAUGUUUCAGUUCAGAAGUUCAAAACUUAUUUACAUAAUUUUAGUAAUAUUCGAUUGGUUCUUUCUGUUUUUCACGCAAUCGAACAAGGUUUUUAAAUUUCAAAUCUCAUUUAUAUUUUAUUAUUAU